AUGGUACAAAUUUGCAAUUAUAGUAGCUUGAUUUUUGCAGGUAAUGUUACGGUACUGUUAAUAGUUUCCAUGACAACAGAUUACUGGGAAUAUCGAGGAUUUAAUGCGACAAGUUUAAAUAUAAGUUUAUAUGGAGCAAAUAACACAGAACUGAUGCGUCCGGCGGAUACCAAUUCAUAUAUGGAGCUUUGGUACAAACGAAAGUAUGUUUAUAAAACGAUGGCUCAUUAUCACAACGAGACUUUGUAUGAACCUCCAAUAUUUGCCAGGAAUUUUUUCCACAAACAUCCCCAUGACCAGAAAAAUCAUACGGAAGAGAAGUCGGUCUCCCGGAGUUCCUGGAGAUCUGGGGAUAUCCAUGAGCACAUGAAAGCUGGAGUCGUUAUAUUGUUUCAACAAUACGGAAAUCUGUUCCGGGAUUGUGACGCACUAGAAGAGGGCGUUCGUCUGCGACUGAACCUAAUGCAGGAGCGGAAGACAAAAUGUGAAUACCUGAGCGGUCGCGAUGGACUGACUGCGCUGGAUACUACACAACUGUACGCCGUACCGCAUCUGGAGAGAGCUGCCAGUGCUUUUGCGUUGCUAUGCAUGUUGUCCAUGGUAACGGGCCUUGUGACGGGGGGAUACGGGUUAUUAGGACGACAGACCCGGGUGCUCGUGCUUGCCUCGUGCUGCUCCCUUGUCGCCGGUUUGCUGCUGACAUUGGCAAUAGCCCUGUUCCAUGGUAAAUGUCACAUCCUUCGUCGGACAGAAAUUCUGGCUGGCUACCUCAUACCACACAAAAAAGUCAUCAACGAUUCGCGGACUUACAGCUUCGGCUGGUCAUUUGGGCUCGCCUGGAUUUGUGUAUUUCUGUGUUUUACGUCAUCAUUUGUGUGGUUGUACAAAGCACAAGAUCCACGGCAUUCGCGUAGCCCAGGAUCAAAUUACGUCAGACAUAGAACCUACACGAGUCCUGAUUACGUCACGUAUAUGGACGAAAAUGAUAUUUUUGAAUGA